GUUAAAGCAGCACAGAGAAAGAGUCAAGUAAGCAACAGGAACAAAGUUGUGGGACCCGAGUCCACACUAUUGCGGCGUUCACCCAAGAAAUGUAAUAACCAUCUCUCCGUUUCCAAGAGACAGCCUGCCGUGUGUUUUCAAGACUGCGGUAGUUGUGCUUUGCUUUGCGUUGCAAAAAGGCGUCUCUUAAAGGUCUUUUUUUUGGCACAUUGUGGAGACUGGAUGCGCUUGACGAGGGUUUUCCUUAGUUAGCUAGUUAGUUAAGAAGAGUGCCUCGUUCCUCGUAGAAAAUGCCUUAAAUUAAUUGGAUUGAUGUACUUUUUAAAAAACUUUACUCAACUUUUCAAUACAUUUGACUGCAUUUGAUAAUCCAUACUCUACACGUUUUGGACUUGUUUUGAGGGAGCACGUCUCCUGACUCCUUGGUGACAGCAGAGGUGCAGGAAGAGGGCUGUUGUACUGUGUGUCAAGAGGCCUGGUACUGUAUCACACAAUUUCAACUAAUACAGCGUUGAAUUUAUUGGCUACCAUGGCAUCACACGGUGACAUCGCAGAGGGAGGAGCCAAUGAAGAGUUCAACGACAUCAUCAAGUGGAGAUCUGAUGAACAUGAUGCAGUACAGAAGAAAACAUUCACCAAAUGGAUAAAUGCACAGUUCUCCAAGACAGGGAAGACGCCCAUCAAGGAUAUGUUCUCUGACCUGAGGGAUGGGAGGAAGCUGCUGGACCUGCUGGAGGGUCUCACUGGCACUGUCCUGACCAAAGAGAGAGGCUCCACCAGAGUGCACGCUCUCAACAAUGUCAACAAAGUACUUCAAGUCUUGCAUCAAAAUAAUGUUGAUCUGGUAAACAUAGGAGGAACAGAUAUUGUAGAUGGGAACCACAAACUGACCUUGGGCCUCAUCUGGAGUAUAAUCCUUCACUGGCAGGUGAAAGACAUCAUGAAGGAUAUCAUGUCCAACCUGCAGCAGACCAAUAGUGAGAAGAUCUUACUGAGUUGGGUACGCCAAUGCACCCGCUCAUACCCAGAAGUCAAUGUGCUGAACUUCACCACCAGCUGGGCUGACGGCCUAGCUCUCAACAGCAUCCUACACCACUUCAGGCCGAAUGCAUUCAGCUGGGAUCAGGUGGUCAAACUGAGCCCUGUGGAGAGACUGGAGCAUGCCUUCACUGUAGCCAAAGACCAGCUGGCUAUUGAGAGGCUACUGGAUCCCGAAGAUGUGGCAGUGCAGUUACCAGAUAAGAAGUCCAUCAUCAUGUACGUAACAUCACUGUUCGCUGUGCUGCCCAGAGACGUGAGCAUGGAGGCUAUCAGAGAAGUGGAGACCCUGCCACGCAAAUACAAAGUGGAGUCUGAGGACUCAGGUCCAGGCCUCAGUGCUCAGAAUGUGCAGAUGGAGGAAGCAGGCAGCAGCCCCCGGCCUGAGACCCCCAGCACCCUGACGGAGACAGAGGGGGAGAUGGAGGACAGCCAGCUGGAAGUGGACCUGGACAGCUACCAGACCACGCUGGAGGAGGUACUGACCUGGCUGCUGUCUGCCGAAGAUGCUCUACAGAUUCAGGACGAAGUAUCGGACGAUGUGGAAGAAGUCAAAGAGCAGUUUCACACACAUGAGGCCUUUAUGAUGGAGCUGACAGCGCACCAGAGCAGUGUGGGUAAUGUUCUCCAAGCGGGUAACCAACUGAUUGCCCAGGGCAACCUGACAGAGGAGGAAGAAGAUGAAAUCCGGGAGCAGAUGAGCCUCCUCAACUCCCGCUGGGAGAGCCUCCGAGUGGCCAGCAUGGACCGCCAGGCCAGGCUCCAUGAAGUCCUGAUGGAGCUUCAGCAGCAGCAGCUACAGCAACUUUCUGAUUGGCUGACGCAGACAGAGGAGCGAAUCAGAAAGAUAGAGACAGAAACUGCAGCUAAAGACGUGGAGAUCUACAAAGAACAGAUAGAGCAGCACAAAGAGCUUCAGAAUGACCUGGAGGCGGAACAGGUGAAGGUCAAUUCUCUAACACACAUGGUCGUCGUGGUAGAUGAGAACAGCGGUGAGAGUGCCACCGCUGCCUUGGAGGACCAACUACAAUCUUUGGGUGAGCGCUGGGCGGCUGUGUGUCGCUGGACUGAGGAGAGGUGGCACAAGCUGCAGGAAGUCUUCAUGGUGUGGCAACAGCUUCUAUCGGACCAGAGUUUGUUUAGAGAGUGGUUGGCAGAAAAAGAGGAGGCCUUGAGUGAAGUACAGACCAGCAACUUUAAGGACCCAAGUGAAAUGAAUACUAAUGUGCGCCGAUUAGCAAUUUUAAAAGAAGACAUGGAAAAGAAGAGGAGGACUCUCGACCAGCUGUCUGAUGCAGGACAGGAUGUGAUAUCGCUACUGCGGAGCCCCGAGGCGGGAGCCAAGAUUGAGGCAGACACAGAGGAGCUGGCACAUAGAUGGGACAACCUGGUGCAGAAGCUGGAGGAUUGCUCCUUCCAGGUAAUGGAAGCUGUGGCGGACGCUGGGAUGACUCAGGUGGAAGAGCAGGUUGUCGUGGAUACAGUUGCUGUAGCCACGUCUGCUUCGAUUGCUGACCAGGAGUUGGCCCCACCUGCUCCCCCUAAGAAACGACUGGUGGAGACAGAUGCAGAAGUUAGACGAAUGUUUGAAAAUAAGCUUUCUGACCUCCUGAGCUGGAUUAAAAGAUGGAAGACGUCCGCUCAGGCGCUGGCCUCCAUACACCCUGAGACCACACCUGACACACCAGAUCUGCAGGAACAACUAAAGGGUUUGGAGUUGGACCUCACCACAAAGGAAUCCACAGUUAGUCAAGUGAUCCAGGAGGGACGGGGCUUGAUGGACCAGCUGGAGAGAGAGGGAGUGUGUGUGGACCCGGUGAGGGCAGACAUAGACCUGAUGCAAACCGAGUGGGAUGUUUGUGCGAGGGAGCUGCAGGCAGCCAGUGAGCGAGUUCAAACUCAAAGCCGGGUCAGAGCGGUGUCUGCAGAGCUGGCAGACCUGGACCAAGCCUUGGAGGAACAGGAUGGUUGGCUGGACUCAACUUCGGCCGUAGAAAAGUGCAACGAGGCCGAGCUCAGAAGCCUGAGUGGAGAAUGUCAGUCCCGAUUUGUCCAGGUCACUGCCUUGAGUCUGCGAUUGGAGCAGCUUUCUGCAGAGGCGGGGUCACUGGGAGCUAUGCCCUCUUUGAAAGACAACAUGGUGUUAGUAUCAGCACAUCACGCCUCCACACUGCAGCGGCUACAGAGCAGAGAGCAGGAGGUUAACAAAGCUUUGGUCAGUCUUGAGUCCAACCAGAUUGUACCGAGCCAAGUGGAAGGUCUAGAGACCAGGCUGGCUACUCUGAGAGAAGGAAUAGUAGAGAUCCCUACUGCUGAGGGGGCAGUGGAGCGGGCACAGGGCCUGUGUCUAGAGAUUGAGCAAACACAGCAAGCCUCCGAUCCUGCAGAACUACAAAGAUGGAGUCAACUCUCCUCCAGGGCCCGUGAGGAGCUGGGCACACUGCAGUGCAUCCUGGGUAGCAUGAAGGACAAUCGGGUGCGUUUGGUGGAAGUGGAACGUUGGUUGGAUGCAGUUGAGGAACUGUUGUCUCGUGAUGCCACCGGGUUGGGUGACAAGGAGCGUCUACAGGAAGAGCUUAGCCAGUGCAAGGAGUAUGUGAAUGAGAUGGAGUCAGUGGAAGGUUCAUUGAAGCAGAUGGGAGAGAAUGUGAGCGCUAUACAGGCGGCUGCAGUCCCAGGACUAGCCAAGUGGGGGCAGGAUAAGUUGGACGAGUGCCGGGGUAGAUGGGACACGCUCAGCAAACAGCUGCUGAGCCAUCAGGAGCGUGUGGCAGAGAGUCAGGAGAGGCAGGUGAAUCUGAGGAAGGACUUGGCGGAGAUGCAGGAGUGGAUGACCCAGGUCGAUGAGGAGUUUCUCAUGAGGGACUUUGAAUACAAGAGUCCUGAGGAGCUGGAAGCGUCGCUGGAGGAGAUGAAGAGGGCUAAAGAGGAUGUGCUACAGAAGGAGGUGAAGGUAAAGAUCCUGAAAGACAGCAUCAACAUGCUGGUAUCCAGAACAUUGCCCCCUGGUGGAGGCAGUGGACAGGAGUUGACCUCAGAGCUAGAGGGGGUACUAGCCAACUACCACAAACUCUGUGACCGAUUCAAGAGCAAGUGUCACACUCUGGAGGAGGUUUGGUCCUGUUGGAUGGAGUUGCUUCAGUACCUGGAUAUGGAGCAGGGUUGGCUCAACACUCUGGGGGAGAAGGUGCAAGCUACUGACAAUCUACCAGAGAGCACUGAGGCCGUCAAUGACGCUCUGGAGUCUUUGGAGAGUGCGCUUCGUCACCCCGGGGACAACCGGACGCAAAUCAGAGAGCUGGGUCAGACGCUGAUAGACGGGGGCAUACUGGACGAACUCAUUAGCGAAAAACUAGAGGCCUUCAAUUCCCAUUACGAACAGCUCAACCACCAGGCGGUCAACAGGCAGAUCAGCCUUGAGCAGCAGCUGCAGACCCUAAAGGAGAACGAACAGGCGCUCCAAACACUGCAGGAGUCUCUGAGCCAGCUGGACCACACACUCACCUCCUACCUCACGGACCGCAUCGACGCUUUCCAGCUCCCGCAGGAAGCACAGACCAUCGGGGCAGAGAUCACAGCCCACGAGGUGACAGUGGAGGAGAUGAGGAGGAGAAACGUGGCCAACUUGCCUCCCUCCACCACUGAUGGCAAAGCUGCUCGGGGUGGGACCAUGCUGGACCAGCUACAGAGGAAACUGAGGGAGAUCUCCACAAAGUACCAGCUGUUCCAGAAGCCAGCUAACUUUGAGCAGCGCAUGUUGGACUGUAAGAGGGUCCUGGAAGGUGCCAAGGCUGAGCUGCACAUUCUGGAUGUCGGGGAUGUGGACCCGGAAAAAAUCCAGUCCCACCUCAGUGGUUGCAUGAAACUAUACAAGUUGCUGAGUGAGGUGAAGCUGGAGGUGGAGACGGUGAUAAAGACAGGUCGACAGAUUGUGCAGAAACAACAGACGGAGAACCCCAAGGCCAUGGACGAACAGCUCACAGCUCUCAAACUGCUCUACAAUGACCUGGGGGCACAGGUAACAGAGGGCAAGCAGGACCUGGAAAAAGCUUUGUCUCUGUCUCAAAAGUUCCAGAAGGAGAGCGCCGCCCUGCAGGAGUGGCUGACCACCAAUGAGGCUCAGCUCCAGCAGAAGAACAGCUGUGGAGACAUGCCAGCUGACAUUGAUGCUGAGAUUGCAUGGGCUAAUGGCCUGCUGAAGGAGUCAGAGCGUCGUAAGGUGGAGCUGUCCAGCCUGAUGGAGACCAGUGCUGGUCUGCAGACUCUGGUGGAGGGCAGCGAGGCUCAGUUGGAGGACAAACUCUGUGGGCUCAAUGAAGCCUGGGGCCGCAUCCGCACCUGGACUGAGGACUGGCUUAGUGCUGUGCUAAGUCACCAGAAUGAAGUGGAAAUUUUUGAUGAGAACUUGGCUCACAUCAGCACCUGGCUCUACCAGACCCAGAUCCACCUGGAUGAGGCUGAGCGGCUCACCCCGACAGAGAGGGAAAAGGUGGUAAAGCGCAUGCUAGAGGAGCUGGAGGACAUCAGUCUGCGUGUGGACAAUGUGAAGGACCAGGCCAUCAUCCUGAUGACCAGCAGGGGGCCCGCCUGCCGAGAUGUGGUGGAGCCCAAACUGUCUGAGCUCAACUGCAACUUCGACAAAGUCUCCCAACACAUCAAAACUGCCAAGAUGAUGACCAGUCUGGAGUCAGGUGGUGUGGAGUUGGACCAGCAGGUAUCUCAGCAGUUCAUUCACAGCCAGGAGAUCCGAGCAGAGAGUAAGAGUCGCCCUGCUGAUAAUCUGGACAUCAGUGAGGUGAAGGAGCUUCAGGCAGAGCUCCAGGACACACUCAAGGCUCUGCAGCAGCAGCAGGACCAAACAAACGUUCUGGAUGAUGACAUGAUGGAUGAGGAGAAAGCCAGCGUGGAAGGCUUGCUGAGAAGAGGAGAAGAACUGCUGCAACAAACUUCAGACGAGGGCCAGAGGGAGGAGCUGAGACUUCUGCUUCUCCGGCUGCAGAGCCAAUAUUCUGCUCACAGGGAGUUGAGGGCGCUACGAAUCAGGCAGGUGGAAGUCUCUGUGGAGUCGUCGUCUACUCACACUUUCACAGAGCAGAUAAGAGAGUUUUCAGUCGAGGAGAUGUCUUCAGUGGAGCGUAGCAGCGCUCCUUCACUGAGUCCGUCCGACUACCUUUUGGACAUCAACAAAGUGCUCCUCGCCAUGGCCGACAACGAGUUGCUCCUGAACUCCUCUGAGCUCAGUGGCGGGCUCUAUGAAGACUUUUCUAGCCAGGAGGACACACUGAGGAAUAUCAAAGAGAAUCUAGAGUGUAUUGGUGAGCAGGUGACAGGGAUCCAUGAGCGCCAGCCUGAUACCAUUAGGGAUGCUUCGACUGCUGAGGUUGCCCAAAUCGGAGAUGCCCUCACACAGCUCAAUGCCGAGUGGGACCGCCUCAACCGCAUGUACAACCACCGCAAGGGGAGUUUUGACCGUGCCAUAGAGGAGUGGAGGCAGUUCCACUGUGACACAAAUGACCUGAGCCAGUGGCUGACUGAUACAGAGACACUGCUGUCCAAGAGUGUUGGCCCUGAUGGACAGCUGGACCUGGACUCUGCACGACAACACCAAGAGGAGCUGGAGGAAGGUCUUUCCAGCCACCAGCCCGUCCUGGCCGUACUGACCCGCACUGGGGAGCAGAUAAUUGGACAGCUGUCAUCCCUUGAUGGAUCCCUGCUUGAAGAGAAGCUAGACACCCUCGGUCAGCGUUGGAGAGCUGUCAACUGUCAGGUCCUCGAGAGACAGCGCAGGCUGGCUGGAGGGGACCCGGCCCUGUCAGACCUGGUGAGAAGACGCGAGGAGCUGGCUUUAUGGCUGGAGCAGGCAGAAAACGCUGUCAGCUUCUUACCCGUCACUGCCACUGACAAAAACCUCAGAGAACUCAAGGCUCUUGCCGAGGAAAUGGAUGCUCAGAAUGAACGUCUCGGAUGGCUUAACAAGCACGCCCCUCAGUUGCUGGCCAGUCCGAGUGUGAGCAUUCAGAGCAGAGACCAGCAUGUUGGCAAACUGAGAGCCAUCAACCUCAACUGGAGCAAGGUGACCCAUGACUUGUUGGACAAAGUGGGGGAGGUGGAGGCCAACCUGCAAAGUCAUGCCCAGUUCCAGGACAGGAUGAACAGACUCACUGACUGGGUCGUCGUCACACACCAGACAAUCAUUACCAGAGGCCUGAGCCAUAGCCAAGCACAGGCUCUGGAGGCCUCCAUGAAGGACAGGAAGAAGGACCUGGAGGACCUGUUGGCUCAUUCUAUAGAGCUACAGAGACGACAGCAGCUGUUGCCUCAGGAAAAGAGUAAGGUAGAGGAGCUGGCAGCUGAUUGGAAAGCUUUGGAUGGUCGACUGAGGGAAUCUCUCCAGUCACCUGUCUCUCCAUGGACACAGCACCAACAUGCCGUCCAGCACCAGCAGCUUGUGUCUGCGGUCCCCUCAGCCGUGCAGAUGGCCAGCCUGGUAAGCGAGGACCCCCACCACCAAACCCCGCACACACCAGAUACCGUGGCGCCCACCGACCUCAACGAGACAGCCACCGAACUGGCAGACUGGCUUCUCCUCAUCACACAGAUGCUAAAGUCAAAUAUUGUCACUGUGGGGGACACGGAGGAGAUCCGGACCACUAUGGGACGUCUUCAGGUGACGAAGAGUGACCUGGAACAGCGUCACCCCCAGCUAGAGGACAUUUUCACCCUGGCACAGAACAUCAAAAACAAGACCUCUAAUCUGGAUGUUCGCACAUCCAUUACUGAAAAACUGGAGAGGGUACGCAGUCAGUGGGACAGCACUCAGUAUGGUGUUGAAGCACGGCUCCAGCAGCUGGACAACAUGAUUUGCCACAGCAAUCAGUGGGAGGAGCAGAGGAAGGAGGUGAAAGCUCUUAUUGGGCACAACGAAGGACGUUUCCACAACCUUCUUCAGCAGUCCAGAGAUCCCCUGACAAAACAGCUUGCUGACAACAAGGCAUUCCUCCAAGACCUGGGCCGAGGCCAAUCUACAGUUGCGGCCUUCAACGAGCUGUCCAAUCAUCUUUUGCAGGAAUACUCUACUGACGACACCAGGAGGAUCAAAGAGGUCACAGAUAAACACAAUGCUGCCUGGAACAGCAUCAGCAAUAGAGCGAGUGACCGUCACGCCCAGCUGGACAGUGAACUGAAGGGCCUGCAGAUGUCUCUCAGGGAGCUGGAGUCCUUCCUCAAAUGGCUCCAGGAGGCAGAGACUACAGUCAACGUUCUGGCCGACGCCUCCCAGAGGGAAGACCUGUCGCAGGACUCCGCCCAUGUGAAGGAGCUGAGGCGACAACUGGAGGACAUCCAGGCCGAGAUUGAUGCCCACAAUGACAUCUACAAGAGCGUGGACGGGAACAAGUCGAAGAUGGUCAAGGCUCUGGGCAGCUCAGAGGAAGCUGUGUUCCUCCAACACAGACUGGAUGACAUGAACCAACGCUGGAGCGACCUGAAGGCCAAAUCAGCCAACAUCCGAGCCCAUCUGGAGGCGAGUGCUGAGCGCUGGUCUCGUCUGCUGGGCCUCCUGGAGGAGCUAUGGAGGUGGAUCUGCAUGAAGGAUGAGGAGCUGGCCAAGCAGAUGCCCAUCGGCGGAGAUGUCCCCACCCUGCUGCAACAGCAGAACCACUGCACGGCGAUACGGUCAGAACUGAAGGAACGUGAGCACCUGGUGGUCAGUACUUUGGAUCAAGCCCGGAUGUUUCUUGCUGAUCAGCCCAUCGAGGGUCCUGGAGAGCCACGCAAGAACCUGCAGCCAAAGACUGACCUCACCCCAGAGGAGAAGGCCCGAGGGUUGGCCCGGGCCAUUCGCAAGCAGACGGGCGAGGUGAGGGAGCGGUGGGAGCGUCUGAAAGGACACAUGGGUGGCUGGCAAAGCCAGGUGGAGCGAGCCUUGGAACGCCUCCAGGAGCUGCAGAGCUCCAUGGACCAGCUCGACCUGCGGCUGACUCAGGCAGAGGAGGUCAAAGCUACCUGGCAGCCUGUGGGGGAUCUGCUGAUCGACUCUCUGCAGGACCACAUUGACAAGACCAUGGCCUUCAGAGAGGAGGUCGCCCCAUUACGUCAGGAUGUAAGAAUCGUCAAUGAGCUUUCUGCAGAGCUGACACCAUUGGACAUCCAGCUGUCCUCCACCGCUUCCAGACAACUGGACCAGCUCAACAUGAGAUGGAAACUACUACAGGUGGCGGUGGAGGACAGACUGAAGCUGCUUCAGGAAGCCCACCGAGACUUCGGCCCCUCCUCCCAACAUUUCCUCUCCACUUCUGUACAGCUCCCCUGGCAACGUGCAGUUUCUCAGAAUAAGGUUCCAUAUUACAUCAAUCACCAGACACAGACAACCUGCUGGGACCAUCCAAAGAUGACAGAGCUCUAUCAGUCACUAGCGGACUUGAACAACGUGAGAUUCUCAGCAUACCGAACAGCCAUGAAGAUCCGCAGACUACAGAAAGCACUGUGCUUGGACCUGUUGGACCUCAGCGUGGCCCAGAACACCUUCGAGCAGCACAAGCUCACCAACAACAAUCAGCUGCUGUCCGUUCCCGACAUCAUCAACUGCCUGACGUCCAUCUACGACGGCCUGGAGCAGGAGCACAAAGACCUGGUCAACGUGCCGCUCUGCGUUGACAUGUGUCUCAACUGGCUGCUCAACGUUUACGACACUGGUCGCAGUGGGAAGAUCCGCGUCCUGUCCAUGAAGAUCGGUUUGCUCUCUCUCUGCAAGGGACACCUGGAGGAGAAAUACAAAUAUCUCUUCAGCCAGGUAGCGUCGGCAGGUGACACGUGUGACCAGAGGCAGCUUGGUCUGCUGCUUCAUGAAGCCAUCCAGAUCCCGAGGCAGCUGGGGGAGGUGGCCGCCUUCGGAGGCUCUAACAUCGAACCCAGUGUCCGCAGCUGCUUCCAGAACGUGACCAAUAAGGUGGAGCUAGAGCCCAGGCAGUUUGUUGAUUGGAUGCGUCUGGAGCCCCAGUCUAUGGUUUGGCUUCCUGUCCUGCACAGAGUGGCUGCUGCAGAGACGGCGAAACAUCAGGCCAAGUGUAACAUCUGCAAGGAGUGUCCUAUUGUUGGCUUCAGGUAUCGCAGUCUGAAGCAUUUCAACUACGACGUGUGUCAGAGCUGCUUCUUUUCUGGGCGCACCGCCAAGGGCCACAAGCUCAACUACCCCAUGGUGGAGUACUGCACACCGACGACAUCAGGUGAGGACAUGCGAGAUUUUACCAAAGUGCUGAAGAACAAAUUUCGAUCGAAGAAGUACUUUGCCAAACAUCCUCGGCUAGGUUACCUACCAGUCCAGACAGUUCUAGAGGGUGACAACAUGGAAACUCCCGUCACCCUCAUCAGCAUGUGUCCGGAGCAGUAUGAGCUGUCCCAGUCACCUCAGCUCUCUCAUGAUGACACCCACUCCAGGAUAGAGCAGUAUGCCAGCAGGUUGGCCCAGAUGGAACGCUCCAACGGCUCUCUGCCCACAGACAGCAGUUCAGCCACAGGAAGCAUGGACGACGAGCAUGCCCUGAUCCUGCAGUACUGUCAGACGCUGGGAGGGGAGGGCUCCCCCUGCAGUCAGCCCCAGAGUCCUGCCCAGAUCCUACAGGCCGUAGAGAGGGAAGAACGAGGCGAGCUGGAGCGGAUCAUAGCACGUCUGGAGGAGGAGCAGAGGACCCUGCAGAGAGAGUAUGAGCAGCUAAAGGAGCAGCAUGGCCAGCGAGGGGCCCCUGCCGGAAGCCCCUGGGAGUCGGAGAGUACUUUUGCUCAUCCUGAUGAGGCCGAUCUUCUAGCUGAGGCCAAGCUGCUACGACAACACAAGGGCCGGUUGGAGGCCCGCAUGCAAAUCCUGGAGGAACACAACAAACAGCUGGAGUCUCAGCUCCAUCGCCUCCGACAGCUACUGCACCAGCCGGAGGUGGACUCGAGGGUAAAUGGUGUGCCCUCUCCCACUGUGCAAGAUCGAGGGCCACUCACUGAAAACUCAGAUGAGCUGCUGGACUCCCACAACAGCAGCUCUGACCUGGCAGAUGUAAUGGAGCAGAUUAACAACUCCUUCCCUGCAUGCAGUCCCUCGAGCCUCUCCUCAAGGCCACAGGUGAUGUGAGGCGAGUCACCACAGAGGAUGGCGUGUGUUUGUGUGUGCACACAUGUGAGUGUGUGCGCGCAGUAAGUGUUGGAAGAGACAAGACCAUUCCCAAACAAACAAUCCCCCAGACCCUAAAUCCCAAAGACGCACAGGACCAGACAACUUAACUACUUUUACCACCUUGUCUUGUACUAUGCAAACUGUACAUUUUAUGAAGUGUAGAUUGUACCUGAACUUGGUUCAAUAUUUGUCAGUGAUUUGUUUAGAUAUGCAGAUGAGUAUAUGGACACGGGGCUUUGUAUAGUAAAAUAUGCUUUUUUGUUUUUCAGAGGGUGGUUUGAGAUUUGUGUUUUGUUCUUUUUAAGUUCGGCUUUCACUGGGAAUUAAACUGUUAAAUUUUUUUUUUUCAUUCAUGUCAUUCCUCUGCUUUGUACCCUCCAGCCCCCCAGUUGCAAUUAUUUGUCAAUGGAAGUAGCCACAGGAUUUGUUCUAUGUUUGGGAGCACGCACAGUUCCUGAGUGGUAACAUGAAGUGGCUGAAAGGAUCAUUUUGAAGAUGCAGACUGUCACUUCUCAAAGCGUCUGUUUUGUUUUGAAGACCUAUCUUGUAGCAUGCUUGAUGUCAAGUUCCCCUUUAAAGCAUUGAUAUGCCGGCAGACUUUAUGUCGGCUACGAUUUGUUAAUGUAAACUUUACCCCUUCUGUGCCUAUACAGUUUGUCAUUCCACGUGUGGAAGACAGAGAUAAGAGUUGAUGAAUUAAAGUGGGAGUGUGUAUAAAGAGAGAGGUUUUGGAAAAAUAAAGAUUUAAAUAAAAAGUUGUUCUGAAUUUAGGUUUGUAAGAGGCCCGCCGUCAUUAUGUAGAAUAGUUGUUUUUUUAAAGAUAUAUGUUCAGAAAUCAGAGGAAAGCCAUGAUUGCCUUGCUACCUCAGACUCAUAGACAAGUAAACUUGUUUAAAACAAUUGUGAUCAUUUACAGAAUAAGAACAACCUGGUUUAGCAUUCUAAGCUUUAGCUUACUGUAUUGGUGUACACUGCAACGAGGAGAUACCAAGUUAAAAAAAACGUUUGUAUUACUGUACCACAAUGGGUCUGUGGCCUGCUGAAGCUACCCACCCGUUAUGAUGAGUAUUACUUUAUCUGUUGUUGGUUUUUCCACUGGCCUUCUAGCACUGGUCCCUCACUGCGUUGUGUUGUUGUGCUAUAUGCUAUCCUGUAAAACUUGUGAGACUGAACACUACUAUAACCUCCUCUGACUGUAGACUAAUGAUGAUCUUGGUGAUGAUUUUAAUGAUUCCAAUCAUGAUGAACCGUACCAUGGCAGAACUGUGUCGCUUCUCCUGAGGUAUGUAAAAUAGAUUGACCACACUACGUGUAAUAUGGCUACGUUGUUUUAUUCUAAAUAAAAUUUUUAUAACAAGUA